CUUCUAAUAUGACGCUGAGGCGGGCUUCCUGUGGCGUCUGGGCGCUGCUCGGUGUCUCAGUGCGGAGCACGGUUUGUUUGAAACGUCGUAUUUUAGCCAAUAACGACAAACAUGUGCGUUUGGGACCGAGCAACCGGAACGUAACGUAACUUUUUUUAGCGUGUUCGAGCGGCUUUCAAGGACAAACCUCGAGCAGUUGGAAGAAAUAGCUCCCGUCUCGGCCCGCUGCGGGAAGCAUGGCGGAAAGCUUCUACAAACUGGAGGAUGAAGCCUUCCCCAGCUUCCUCGGCAGGUCCCUGGACAGCACCGGCGGCCGGGCCACCCUGGGCAAUGUGAGCCUGGGUUCCGGUCCGGGGCUGCCCGUGGCCGCCUCCACGGUGGCUAAAAUUAGACCCAGCUCCGACAGCAGAGGAGAUCACGUGGAGGCGUCCUACCUGGAGGCCAGGGAGCAUCUGGACAAGUCCCGGUCACCUGCUGGAGAGCAUCCCAAGUUUUCCCUGGGCUUCAAAGAAGACUUGGAUAACGCAGAGGACUUCCUAGCAGCCCACCACCUGUCAGACGUGCUUGUUAAGAUCAGCCUGGAUGAGAGUACAUGCAGAAACCAACGCUCUGUGCUUGGCCGCCUUCCCCCCCAGACAGGUUCUGUGUGUGGUCGGCCCACAGAGCUCGGAACCGAGCUUUCAACCGGCCUUCUGACGUUUACCCAGAUGGACCAGAAGAAUGACAAAAAGGCUUUAGGCGCUCCACCUGAGGAGGACCAUCUGCAACCAGACGUCGUGACCAGUGACCCCUUCAGUAGCAGUAAUUCCAGCUUCCUGGUCAAUGAAAAGCUCCUGUGCGUGGACAACGCCAACAGUGAUGUCACAGAUGAUGACAUUGAUCUGAACAACCUGCCUGACGACGAGCUCGAGGUGUAUUUCAACAAACUGGUUCCUCCUGCAGCGCAGAGAGGCCGGGUGGAGGGGCAGGAGCUCCCCGCAACAGGAGUGGCUGCUGGUUCCAUGUCUGACGGCAGUUCUGAAGAGGCACUGCAGCAAAGAUACCAGUUCCUCGAUCACUAUGAUCAGGAGGACUUCCGGAUGCCUGACGUACGUCUUGCCGCCACAGGUAUGGACUCGUGUCCAGCCAGCGACGAGGACACCGAGGAUGAGCUGGAGACGGCCAGGAGGAGCAGUAACGGCACCAGGACGCGGCUGCUGCCAAGCACGUCUAGACAGCUGGUCGGAGAAAGUAACCGUCCAAGUUUCAGGCCGGGGUUAGAAGGAGGCAGUUCUGAUGACGAGGCUUCCUCCGGUCGUGGCGGUCCAUCACUGCUUCCUGGAAUUGGACACAGGCGAUCGGCUGAAGGGCAGGUCCUUAGCUCUCCUGUUGCAGGUGAUGGAGGUGGAGGAGAUGGGAGCAGCGGCAGCGAGGGAAGCGGGAAUGAUGGGGGAGUGUCGACCAUCCCUGUUCCUGUCACCAAUGCCCUGACCACGUAUGACGCCCUGCGCGGUCUGGGACUUGUCGGUAGCAGUCCUCUCAGUGAGGACGAUGCUGCUGAUUUCAGCAGUCUCCCAGAACAUGGGAGGAACCGGCUUCCUAGGUUUGCAGAGAUGGGGGACCGUGUCGGCCCCGUAGGAACAGGCGAGGCCAGCUCCUCCUCCUCUGCAGCAGCACCAGCAGCAACAUCAGGGGGAUCUGGGAGACUUCCUGUCAACUGGAGCAUGACGUUGGACAGACAAGAGGCGCUGGAUGCCAUGGAGAGCACAGAGUCGGGUCCCUUCGCUGAGCGCAUCCUAGAUUCUGUCUACUUGAGGAGACUUCAGGAUUCAACCAACGUGACCGUCUCUGUUCCUCAAAGCACCCAUGAGAGUUUCCACAUUUCCCAGGUGCUGGACACUAACCAAGAAGCCACCGAUGAGGCAGUAGAUGAGCCGGAUGGGGCCAGGCACUCGUUGGGCCCCAGAGGAGGGCCCUGUGGCGAUGUGGCAGCUGCCGAGGCUUCGGAUGGUGCCAGUGGAGAUGACAGCCCCCUCUCCACUUCCCUGGAAGCCAAGUAUUUCUCCCAGAGCUUCCACCAGGAUCAAGAGGACUCUGAUGACGGGUGGAGCAACUGCCCUGACAACAUGGAGCUGGAGUUUCAGCAAGGAGCCAAUGCCAGUCAUGGUGUAGUUUACCAGAAUGAAGAAGGGAAGUGGGUCACUGAUCUGGCAUAUUAUUCCAACUUUGAGAAAGAGGUUGAUGGGAAGAAACUUGAGAGUGACGGGCAGCUACAGGAUGAAGACUUCAUACCAGCCAAUGAUGCUAUGGAAAAAAUAGUAAAGGAUCAAGAGGAGUUUGAGAAAGAGCACCAGUUCAUGCAGGAGGAGCAGAUUGAACCUGCUACAGGCGGCAACAGCACCUUCCAAAGUGACACUUCCUGGAAGCUUCCCCCCAGCAGCCACAUCCUGAUGAGGGCCUCCCAGGUCUCCUCAGAGAUCAGGCAGGGAGAUGACAGCUACCUGCGACUGUCCCUGGGACAGUUUUUCAGCCAGCGCUCCGAAGCCCUGGGCUGUUUGGGCGGCGCUGACGGAGAUGAUGUCAAACGGCCAUCGUUUGGUUACAUCAUCACCUCUCCAGAAAAGAGGGAACCUUUUCCACUUAUCCAGUCAUCUGGAUUGUCGUUUGGAGACAACUCUUUUCACCAUGCCACCGUAGACCUUGGUGAAGCAGACAAAACACUCAGCCCAGACGAUUUGAACAAAACUCUUAAUGAUCCAGGUGAAAGGUUGUCACCAAAAGGGGAUACUGAAUCAGAACCGUGUAAAACUGAGGACCAUGUGGGAGCUGCCAUGGCUGAACACACUCCGCACUCAGGGUCUGAGUCAAGUGUGACGAACCAAAGUGGUUUCUCUCCAGACAACAACAGCAGUCAGCUGAUGCUCAGCAUCAGCACAAUUGCUUCAGCCAUCACUAACGCAUCAAUCAGCACUGACCCGUCUCAGCUGGCUGCCAUGAUUGUGGAUCUGUCGAAGAAAAACAGGGCAAGGAAUCGGCCAGAGUACAGCGCCACCCACAGGCCGGGACCCAGCACUGCUCAGCAUCUCCCCUCUCAGCCAGACCAGAGCACAAUGGCAGCCAUUCUGCAGAGGAGCCUCUGUGUCGGGGAGCUGAGUGCCUUUGACAUGGAGAAAUACUUGAAGACGACCAACGAGUCCAGCACCAGCGGCUCGUCUGACGCGCACUUGACCUUUGACCUGAGCGCUUGGGCUGAUGGUCUGAGCAGCUCUCAGAAAAACCCUCAGGCAGGAUAUCCCACAAAACAGGAUGGUGCCAGUCUAGAGAUGCCUUCAGGCUCAGAAGCUGAGGGCAGUAGAGGAAAUCUGAGGCCUGCAGAUAAAAGCUCCUCCCCUGUACAGCUGCCUCGUGAAGCAACAAAUGGUAACAACGAACCCAAAAGGAGCUCCAUUCCUCGUCCCCGUGCAUCUCUCAGCUCUGCCAGGCGGACUGUGGACCCCGCACAGUAUUCGCCUCCCAAGUGUUCCCCAGACACACUGACACCUAAUGAGGAAAGCGCUGCCUCUUCCUCCCAGACUUCUACCUCUACCACCAGAACCCCGACAAAACCUGCAGGCAGGCUGGGAGAGGCAAAAAGCAGCAGGUCUUCAGAAACGACCUGUAAGAAUGAUAAAAGCCUUCCCAGAGCCUCCCAGAGCUGGAGGAAAUCCCAGUCAGGCCUGCCUGUUCUCAAAGCCUCGUCACCCCCCACCCAGAGGCUGAGAAGUGUAGGUCAGGAAGGACUGGACAGGCCCAGGGCUUCUCCAGAGAACAACAAGCCGCUACCUCAAGGUUCUGAGAUCUGUGGCCUGAAUGCUCAGCCGUCACGAGAGCCUCACUCUGACAUGCAGAGGACUUUUCCUGAGCCGGCUGUGGAGGAGACCCAGUCCAACUUCAGACCCUCCACCUCCCCCCUCACCCACUCCUCUCCAAGCCACACUCCUGAUGGACUGCGUUCGCCCUCUUCAUCCGAUGGCAGGCAGGCCGACCGACGGCCCGGCCCCGCCGUCUCGCCCGAGUCGACCUGCUCCAGCCCCAGUCUCAGCAGGCUCACCUACAUCUCAAUAAAUGAUGGAACCGUUGUACCCACACCGGAGCGCAAGAAGAGGGAAUCUACUAUGGGACUGAGCACCACCAUCAUCAGAUUCAGUCCCACCCCGCCUGUGGAACCAGAUCUACUGUUGGACACUGCUGGCCGGCCCAAAGGCCUCGAUGCUGCGCAGCCUCAGCUUUCUAAAAGUCUGGACCCUCUACCGGCCCCCCAGUGUAAAAGCCCUGAGGGGCCGCGCAGCGGCUCUGCUCUGAGCUGCACCCGCAGCCAGAGUGAGUCGAACUGCCCGGGUCCUGGGGACACCGUACCUGGCUUCACACGCCAUAAGCAACCUGCUGAGUCCAGUGCCAGGACGUUGACUAAAGUGGACUCAGGCUAUAGCAGCAAUAUAAACAUCCAGCACACCAGCAGCUCUGCAGCUCCUCCGGGAUCCCAGCAGUGGGGCGCUGUCCCCUCCGUGUCAUCAUCACUGUAUGCUGGUGGUCUCAGCAUGCCUCCUCCGUACACAGCAGAGGCGCUCCAUUAUGCCCAGACCCCCAGUUUAAGGCCCCAGUGUCCCGGCAUGGUGGAUCUCCCCCUCAAAGGAGACAUUCAGUCCCUUCUCACCAGACGCUCUCUCGUUAGCCCACAGUUACCUCUGCACUAUUUGGGACCUGAAGCACAGGUGCAUUCUGGGGCUUUUCAUAUGGGACUGCCAGGAAACGGUCUUUACAGCAUAUCUUCUACAGGUCCUAUUGGGAUUCCAGGACCUGCUGGGCCCCAUCAUCCUCCUCUGCCGCAUCAGAGUCGGCAUGAAAUGGGAAUAAUGGAGAAGCCAUGCAGCCAUUAUGGCGGGGAGUCUAUGGUGACCGCUGGUCUUGAGGAACUGAGAGGCCAAGUUGUGGUACCCGAGGAGCUUCGGUUCCCUCACGCCUGCUGUGUCGGCAUCGCCUCCCAGACCUCCCUCAGCCUCUUCAACCCGUCGGAGAGAUGGCAGCAAGUCUCCAUCUCUGUCAUCAGCCUGGCCAUCGAUGGAGAGAAGGUGGACAGCUUGCCGUACCAGUGGUUGAUGGUGAAAAACAAGACUAUUAUUGGACCCAAAAGCACAGAGGAGCAGAAAGUGUUGUUUAUCCCUCCGCAGCCUGGAGUCUACCAGUGUAUCCUCAGUGUUUGCUCUUGGCCGGCCUCAGCUGAGACAGAGACGGCUGCCAGGGCCAGUUUCUUCGCCAAAAGGGUGAUGCUGAUCGCAGUGGCAGAGAACCCAGCGUUAGAGAUCGAACUAAGCAAAUCGGGCUGUUUGGAUUUCGGCGAGCUACCAGGAGGAAGUGGGAAAUCCUUACCUCUGAGACUGCUCAACAGAACCCACGCUACAGUACCCAUCCGCCUGGUGAUCAGCGCUAAUGCCACAGCUUGGCGAUGCUUCGCCUUCUCCAAGGAUCCUGUGGUCCUGACACCUGAGGCCACCCAUCAGGCCGGACACAUGGCCUCGCUGUCCUCUCCCUCAGUGAUGAAUCAUGUGAUGCAUGCCAGCUAUGGGGAGAAUCCAGAAAGCUUCGUGGUCUGGGUCCAUUUCAAGGCUCCUCAGAAGUUCAUUACCGCUUCAGGAGAUCUUGGUCCAGCUGAUGAAUACAAUGCUCGGGUGGACGUUGAAGUGGACUCUCCAGGUCCUAGUCGCAUUAUCAGAAGUGUUCCUCUCAAGGCCAAGUGUGGAACAGCCAGAGUCCACGCUCCUAAAGAUCUGCAGGCUGUGAGCUUUUCUGCGCCUGUGGGUAGAUGUAGUGAACAGACUCUGCCAUUAAAGAAUGCAGGAAACAUCGAUGUUCAGCUGAGACUCAAAAUUAGUGACGAAAGCGCUAGCUUUUCUGUGACCCCCGCUGAGCUGUCCCUGAGAGUGGGAGAAGAACGAGGCAUUGUUGUAUCAUUUAAAGCCCAAAGCAACAGGAAACAUAAAGAAAGCCUUCUCACGGUGCUGGUGCUGCCGUCGGGCCCUCAGUAUGAAGUGACACUGAAAGGAGAAGUAGUCCCUCUGGACUCUGAAGAACCGCCGCCUCCCUCCGCUGCCGUCUACGGCCCCUCGCUGACCAGUGACGUCCCACCAAUCCUCUCUAAUAAGCAGUUUGUGGCCUGGGGAGGGGUCACCCUGGGACGAGCUGUCCAACAGAAGCUGGUUCUAAGAAACAACUCGACCAGUAGCACACAGCAGCUGCGCUUGCUUAUCCGUGGUCAGGACCAAGACUGUUUUCAGCUCCAGAGCUUGUUCAGCCCUGAAGAGUGUCUAACCAGACACGGCGAGCUGUCCAUUCGGCCCAGGGAGGAUGUAACCGUCCACUUACUCUUCGCUCCCACCAGGGUGGCUUGCAUGCUGGCCAAGCUGGAAAUUAAACAGUCUGGAGUCCGCUCCUCACAACCAGGAGUUAAAUUCAUUAUCCCACUGUCUGGCUACGGCGGCACCAGUAACAUCAUCCUGGAGGAGCAGAGGAAGCACGGCGAUGGCUACGUGGCCACGCUCCCCGACGUUGCCGUCGGCUGCGUCAGCAAAGUGUGUCUGUGUGUGAGGAACACCGGCUCCAGAGCAGCCUUCAUAAAAGCCGUGGCCUUCGCUGACAUCCCGAGCCGAUCGCUUAUGCAGCCCUCCGUCAUGAGCCUGGCCCCUUCCCAGUUUGUGCUGAAGGAACGGACACAAGAGGUGAUCACUGUUCUGAUGAAGUCCAGCCAGAGAGAGACGAGUCUGUGCGAGUCGCCGACCGCCCCCUUGGCCACGGUGUGUCUGUUUUGUGGAGACGAGGUCUCCAGGCAGCAAUACAGGAGAUUGCUUCAGAGCAAACCAGAGGCUGGGAGGAAGGUUCUGUCUGAGAACAGUCUGCUGAAAAACCUCGAUUUCAGCGAAACCUUCUUGGGAGAGGAAAGUGUUAAAGAAGCCUAUGACCUUCCUCUGCGGCCUAAUGAGGCCCACAUCUUCUACAGCAACAUGAGUAAGGUGUUGGUAUCGUUGCUCGGGAGGACAAAGAGCGCGGACCGGGAGGAGCGUGAGCGCCACAAAGCCGCGCUGCCCUCUGACAGCCACAGCUUGCAGACAGAGAGUGAUUUUCCUGACGGCGGUGUGUCCCUGGAUGUGCUGCCAGUGAAAGGUCCACAGGGUCCGGCGCUGAAAGUUACAGCAUCCUCUUCAAAGGCGUCAGACCCACAGACCACGCGCUCCGAGUCGUGGCUCAUCCACCCGCAGCAGCUUGUCCUCGCUGCUCCAACGAUCAAUGGUCCGUCCAGCACCAGCCAGGUCCAAAUUCGGAACAACACUUCCAGAGAGCUGAACUUUGAUCUUUCCUGGCCGGCUCACUGCCUCACCAUCACCCCACAGCACGGCGUUAUUGAGCCUCAGUGCCAGCUGCAGAUAUUGAUCAGUCCCAACCCUUCACUAGCUACAAAAUCGUCCCUGCUGCCGUGGAGCGGACAGAUCUACGUCCAGUGUGACGGACAACAGAAGUUCAUUAAGGUCCAGAUUCGUAGGGACUUGGCUCUGGAUGUCUCUGCAGCCCCAACAGACACAUCUCUGUCUGCCCUGCCGGCUCUGGCUGCUACUCCUGUGCUGCCCGUGGCCCGACUCGGCACCAAGCCAUCGGUAACCCCCAGGGCCACUCCCAGCCUGGUGGAAAUUGGCAACAAGAACAUCACCUUUCCAACAACUCCUUCAGGGGAAACAUCAGAGGCCCAGCUGGAGGUGCAGAACGGGGAAGUGGAAGUGCGGUGGUACCUGUCUUCAUUUGCUCCUCCUUAUGUGAAGGGAGUUGACGGCACUGAAGAUGUUUACCGGGCCACCUACACUGCUUUCAGAUGUUCCAGGGUCUCAGGAACUCUGGGGGCUCAUGAGAAGAUGCAGGUGCCAGUGACCUUCCUCCCCAGAGACCGAGGGACUUAUGUCCAGUUCUGGGACAUGGAGUGCCACCCUGUGUCUGAGCCCCAGCAGAAGUCCAGACUCCGCUUUCAGCUCUCUGGCACUGGAGUGACAUAUGGACCGCUGGAAGGAAACGGCUCUCUGGUGAGGACAGAAGCCACGGUGAGGAGCAGAAAGAGGUCCGACUCGUCAGCAAGCAAAGCUGGCUCAGAGGAGGCGUUGCGAAGGGGGGUUUAUUCUCCUCAGGAUCUCUAUACCUUCCCAGACACACGGGUGGGGGAGUCCAGCACCCUGAAGGUCAACGUCCGUAACAACUCCUCCGACACGCAUGAGCUGAGGUUUGUAAAACCUAAGGAGCCCUUCCACAUGAAGCAUGUUGAGUAUUCCCUGAGAUCACAGCAUUAUGUCAAGCUACCUGUCCAAUUCAAGCCCACUACGGCCGGGAAGCACACUGGCUUGCUGCUCAUCCAAUCAGAAUCAAGUGGAAGUCUGGUCGUUCAGCUGAGCGGUGAAGCAUUGCCUUGAAUUCUUGGGACAGAAGACCGAGACACCAAAUGCCUCAUACGAAUUAAAAGAAGAAGUCUGGAUUUAACAGUUUUUCUAGAAUCAUUUCUAUGGAUGCUGACUGCUACUCAUUGAGGGGAGAUGCCAACAGAGCCCUUUGUGGCCGUGAAGAGGCCUCAGCUGUCCUCAGCUCAGUCAUGACAAGGUCAUCUGAUGCAGAAUGAUUGAAUGUAUCCAGCUUACUAUUAGUCUGGGGGGGGGGGGGGUCUGUCACUUGACUCUAGGCCUUAUCCCCUUCAGUUAUGUCACAAGGCGGCAUUGUUUCCACAGCCUCUGUCAGACAGCAGCAGUACCAGUUGAGAUCCAUUUGGCAUUACGUGCUCUUGAUCACACAGGAAGGCCUCUGUCUGCUGCUUGGCAGGAUAGCUGCAACCAUUUUGUUUUGGGUAAAGCUGGGCUGGGUUAGCCUUUUUCCUCCCAUUAUGCUGUGAAUAUCAGUGAUGAUGGGAACCUUGUGUUCCAAAAGUAAAUGAAGUCAUUUCUGUCCUGAUGGUAGCAAGAGUAGGAGACGUUAUUUUUAAACGUCCGCUCUAGGUCUUUGUAUGUUUCAAGGAUUUUCAAAUCUUUUGUACCGUAAUGGUUUCUAUGGCGAUGGCUCUUCAUCCACUUAAAGCCCAUUCCAAAACUGUCCAGAUGCAUCUAAUUUUGUCAAGUUCAAGGCAGCCCACAGCAACAUUAGGAUGGUUAAUGGCUGUGAUUACAUGCUAAAUCAGUUUGCUUGGGGCGUUGUGUUCAGCAACGAGCCAGGUCUGUCUAGUGUGGUUACCAUGGUAAAACGUGAUUAAUCACCGUUCCAGGAACAAAUAAUUUGAUCCCCGUUUCCCUUUUUGGCUCCAAGGCAAGUCGCCAAAAUUGCUUGAGGGGAGCAUUGGAUCCACUUCCGUAAUGAGCUGUGGAGCUGGAUUGGCACGGGGAAAGGUGUGCAGACUCCAUCAGGCAUGUGUUGUUAACUUGUUAGAUGGCACACACUUUGGCAGCAGAAACACUAAUGUCUGGCAUUAUUUACCUGCAUGGAUUGCAAGUUUUCUAAUAAAGGCGCUACGGUGUAAAUGGUAUUUAAGCAACAUUCAGAAACCUUGGUUUGACAAAUUGCACUAUUUUAUGUAAUAUACUGUAGGUAUGUACACAUUUUAAAUAAAGUUUUGUGAUUAUUG